AGGACUGUUUCCAGUUAUGAGUAGCAGACCAGAUACCCUAGAAUAUAAUAUGCAGCUGUGCCUCUGUGGGCUGAGUGAGCUUGACCUCAAGGUAGCCCAUGGAGAGCUGGUGGGCAUGCAGCUGCUUUUGGAAGAUGUACUUCUGAGCAGCCAUCAUAUGACCAUGGAGGACCCCUCCACACAGCAAGCCACACUGGACAACUUUCAGCCAGAUGUGUCCAGAGUGCCAGGAUUCAGAAAUCCGUUCCAAAGCAGCCCCAAAGCCUCCAGACUGCUGAGGGGCCCAUGCAAUGCGGUGAUGUCCCUUGCUGUUCUGAGAUCCUUUCUGGUGCUGUGGAAGCAGCUGGAAGUGCUAAAGGAGCACUGGGGCCGACUCAAACUGCGAGGCCAGGACCUUGAUUCUGUCUCCCUCCACAAACAGUUCUCAAAACUCUACGGAACUGACAUUCUCUAUCCCAGCAUGAAAGCUAUAGCUAGGCGGAUGGGGAAAGAAGAUGAAUUCGAAGGUAUUAUAAUAAGCAGUCAGUCUAUUCUUCCCCCCAAAGGAGCUUCAGAAAUCGAAAUAAAAACUCAGCAGCUUCAGAAACUUCUGGAAAAUCUUGAAAUUCAUAUGAUCCAAGAAGUAUUAAGAAAAGUUAACAGAGAGAUAGCACUGGUUGUAUCAGAAAAAUCCAAGAAGACGUGUACUCUCCCUACAGACCUUUGGAAGCACCAUGUCAUGAAAGAAAACUUUUCCAUUAACAGGCCACAAAUAGUUGAAAAAUUCAAACAGAGAUUAAUGGAAAGUUACCAGGAUGGUGGACUAGAGGUCACGUUCAGGAAAGACCACUUUGAGGGCUGCCUCCUUUCCUUGGGUUGCGAUGUGAUGGCAAGAGAACGCAGCAACUUUGAGAGCUACUCCAUGUGUUACGAGCAUGUGUUGGAGCAUGCUCGGCAGAAGCUCUUCCAGAAAGAGCAGGAAUUAGAUAUUAUCCGAAGAGAUUCAGAUCCACCUGAAGACAACGCUGGUCAGGUUGCAGAGCUCAGUCAUGCUAUGAUCAUGGAAAUCACUGCUCUGAGAGCUCGACUCACAGAUUUGGAAGAGGAGAAUCUGAAUCUCAACAAGCAGAUCAGAAAAGAAGUCCAGGAAGAAUAUGAAGCAUUAGUCCGAGCUCUGUUUGCAACGUGCUUGCACAUAAAAGAAAAGCUGGAUGAGAACCAGAUUAAUUUGAUCCAGAAAGUGUGUGAGCUCAUCGGCGAAGUAAGAACAGAAGGGAUUGACAAUUUGAAGGGCCUAAAGAAGAAAUGGGGCUCUGCCAGACCUGAUAAAGGAAUGAACGAAAACCCAGCCAAAGAGCAGCUGCAGGCUCUGGAGCAGGACAGCAGCAGCCUGGCUGCGCUGGUGUGCAAAUUGAGGAGCCUGGGCCACUGGAGGCUGGCGGUGCAGCAGGCUCGCUUCCAGCGCCUGGUGAACAGGGCGGAGAAGGAAGCUCUGCAAAGUAAAAAAGAGUGCUUGAGCGUCCAGCUAAUGGCAGACCAAGAAGUGGUUUUACUUCGUCAACAGUUACGGGCUCUAAGGCAGGCCCUGGCCAGGGCUCAGGCCGACAACGCCAGGAUGCUCCGUCAGCACCAUAACCAGGCUCAACUGCUGAGAGAACUGCAACACAAGUUGACCCAGGAGGCUCGCCACCGGCAACAGAUGGAUCUGAUGAAAACCUCCAGCAUGGAGAAGCUCCUGGAAGACGUGGAGAAAAAGGAACAGCACCUGCAGCUCCUGACAGAAGCGGCUGAGAGGGCUUCCAGGCUGGGCCAGCUUCAGCAGAAGAGAAGUCAGAGAGAACUCCAACAGAUGAGAAGCCGGCUUGCCCAGGAGCAGAGUGUGAAGCUGGAUGCUUUCCAGCGCGUACAAGAGCUACAAAGUCAGCUUAGUGACGCUGAGCGAUCGUCUGUCCGGAUGAGCUCACCAGGCGGCCUUAUACCUCGGGCUCAGUAUUCCCUACGUUCUGCUCCCACAUCAUCCAGACACUCCCAGCAACACCUUUUAAGGACUCAUCUUAUGAGCAGUAAAAUAACAAGGAGGAUUCAAAGGCCAGACACCGUACCUAUUAAACACGAAAGAAGGACUGACAACGUCUUUCUACCCAAUGUGGCAGAAAAUGUUCAAUGUUCAGCUUUUCAAGUUCACACAACUCCAUCCAUAAUCCCAUAAAGACCUGACUGGUAAUCAUAUAUCCUUUUCCACAUUUUAUUUCCUUGAGCAUUUGAAUGAAUAAAAAUGAUUCUAACCUCAAUGAAA